AUGGCAAACAAUCUUGGUUACAGGCCUAGACAAAAUCAAGGAAGGCCUUGGGAAUUUGAUAGGGGUGCCAUUUAUGAUGGUCGCAAACGAACUUCCACCUUUAGGAUGGGAAAUAGAGAACUUGUCCUUUUUCCAUCGAAAGAUGAAAUUCUAGCAAAAUCUUCGAAACGGGAGGGUAGAAAUUUUCUUACUUCAGUUUGCAAAAGAAUGAGAUCAGAAACUGAAGUUAUAAUAGGCAGGUCUUAG